CUUGUUUCUCUGUUGUGGGCAACAUGGCGGAUGAUGACUUUCUCUCCAACUCGUAUGCCUAUGAGUAUGCCUAUGAGGACGAGGUGAUGGGAGGCGAGCACAAGCGGGUUCACGCUGCUGGCGCCAAAGCCGGCGCUGCGGCUCAGUCUGAGCCACCGGCCGAUGUCGGUGCCGACAACAGCGAUGCCGGCGCGGACAACGGUGCUGGUGCAAGCUCAACCUCACGGAUCAAGGCUGCGGUGAGCGCCGUCCGCGACCGCGCGCUAUCCAACGAGCGCGCGAAGCUUGCAGUCUCGGAGGCGCUGCUGCAGUGGGUCGAUGCCGUUUCGCCGGCGACCAAGAAGUCGAUCAUUGCGUCUGUGUCUGAACAUCGGGUCCGGCGCAUCUACCGGGUGUGGCUCAAGUACAUGACGGCAUUGAUGACAGUGGGCCACUUUCUUUUCUUCAUCGUCAUGGCAGCAGCCAUCAACGAGCGGUUUCACUUUGCGCAUCUUGCGUUUCCUCUGGCGACGGGCCUCUUUGCCUUUGGCGGCUACCCGGUGUGGACGCAGAAGAUCCGCAAGCUCCGGUUGCCGAUCCCGCGCAUGCAUCAGAUGCUGCAGAUCUUCUUUGCUGGGGUCAUUUUGUACGUGGCGGCGACUGAUCUGGCCCACAUUGUCUUUGCUGCCAACGUCUCAGCUCACGCCAAGCACUUUUGCAUGGAUCGCGAGGCUGGCUUCCUCUGUGGGCCUGGCGGCGUGUCCGGCCCGUGGCUCAAGUUCCUCCUUGCCACUGGCUCGCUCCUCUCGGCUGUUGCGAUCACGACUGCUGGCAUGUUCAUCCUUCGCUACGUCUUUGUCUACCUCGUCUUUCUCGAGUGGUCAUGGGUCCGCCACCACGGCGGCGAGCCCGGCGACGAGGCGCUCGCCAUGUACAAGCCCAUGAUCAAGUUUGGCAGCUUCCUUGUUCGCUGGGGCGUCAAGGCCAAGCAGAAGCUGCUUUACUACUGCUGCUACGCCGAGCUUGCCGAGCACGAUUCCGAGGCCGAGCACGGGACCGGCGCUUACGAGGCACCCGAGGAACAGCUCUCGGUCUCAUCGGACCUCGAGUCGGGCCGCGACGCCGAUGAGCAGGAGGAAGAGGAGGAGUCGGGCUGGGCCUCUUCCAGCACUCACUCGAGUGGCGACGAGAUUGUGACCGCGUGCCUUGUCACCUGCUGCUGCUCGAUGGCCUGCUGCGCACUCAUCGGCUGCAUUGUGCUCAGCGGCGCUGCCCGCCAGAUUUCCUGCCUGCUCUUCUACAUCAUUGUGGAGUCGGCGUGAGGUAAAGGGAUGGUAUGUUCAA